CGCAUUCAUCUCAAGCACAUCAUCAUGGCCAACUAUCUCGCCUCUAUCUUCGGUACCGAGCAGGACAAGGUCAACUGUUCCUUCUACUACAAGAUUGGUGCAUGCCGUCACGGAGACCGCUGCUCGCGCAAACAUGUCAAGCCUUCAUACUCGCAAACCAUCCUCCUUCCCAACCUCUACCAAAACCCCGCAUACGACCCUAAGAGCAAGAUGAACCCCCAACAACUGCAAAACCACUUCGAUGCCUUCUACGAGGAUUUCUGGUGUGAGAUGUGCAAGUACGGCGAGAUUGAGGAGGUCGUCGUCUGCGACAACAACAACGACCACCCACCACUAACCAAGAAACAGAUCNUCAUCGGCAACGUUUACGCACGCUUCAAGUACGAGGAGUCCGCUCAAGCCGCUUGCGACGCCCUGAACUCGCGCUGGUACGCCGGUCGUCCAAUCUACUGCGAAUUAUCACCCGUCACCGACUUUAGAGAAGCCUGCUGCCGUCUCAACUCAGGAGAAGGAUGCGUACGUGGUGGUUUCUGCAACUUCAUUCAUCGCAAGGAUCCAUCACCCGAGCUGGACCGUGAAAUCGAGCUGGCAACAAAGAAGUGGUUGAGACAGAGAGGAAGAGACGAGAAGAGCGCCAGCAGAUCCCCCACACCUGAACCCUCCAGAAAGAGAUAUUAG